CAAAAACAAACACACACGAAAACAAUAUAGCAAUAUAUGCCCAUUGAGUGCCUUAUAUCAUUUGAUAAUAAUCCACAAGGUGUCUACUAUGCCGGACAGGAGCUAUCUGGCGUUGUUGAUCUUAGCGUCGAUGCCACCAAGCGUAUUAAAGGCAUUCAUGUCACCGUCAGUGGUUAUGCCAAGAUACGCUGGAUAAAAAAGGGAUAUCCGCGGGACAGCGAACGCGCCAUGUGCCGUGCCUAUAGAUCAUAUUUGUCAUCAAGAUCGUAUGUGCUUGGUUCGUGUGCCGGCAAUUCCUGCAUCGACUGGCUGGCUGGCGAAUACUCGUAUACGUUUCAUGUUAUAUUGCCCGAUAACUUGCCCACAUCCUUUGAUGGCAAGUAUGGCCAAAUACACUACGAGAUUAUAACGACGAUUGAAAGAUCGGGUCGUUAUCCGAAAGUAUUCAAGCUGCCAUUUACCGUGAUACAACCGUUGGACCUGAAUGCCGAUGCCAUCUAUAGAGUUCCGCUGGAAAUACUCGAUCGCAAGCGAUUCUGGAGCUUUUGCUGCCCAACCGGACCGCUGACGGUGAAGUUUUCGACCCCGUACUGCGGCUAUGCUCCCGGGCAGAAAAUACACUUUGUGCUUUAUGUCAACAACGAGUCGUCGAUUGAUAUAACCGAGUGUGAGGUGAAACUGAAGCAGGAGGUUAGCUAUGAAUCACAUGAUCCGCAGCAUGAGUAUCGCUAUGAUAAGCAUCUGAUAGCUUUAAAACAGUUUGGCAAUGUGUUGCGCUGGUCGAGAAAGGUAUAUCGGGGCUAUUUGGAUCUGCCCUCGAUACCGCCGACUUCGGUAAAACCGACAUGUCCCAUUAGCGUUAACUAUUCAAUUAAGAUAAUUGUGAAUCCAACGGAAUUUCACUGGAAGCUGAAACUUAAAAUACCGCUGACCAUCGGCAGCAUACCCAUCAUGGAUGGACCCGAGGCUCUGCUGCGAUUCAAUCGUCAGCAGCAGCAGCACCAAGUAGUUAGUCAACAUUUUCAAAUGUCAACGCAGCAAACCCAAAGGCAGCGAGAUCGUAACUCCGUUCCAGACCAGCAACGCUUGACUACCAACAUUAACAACAACAAUCAGGCAACACUGUCCACGCAACGCUCAUUGGGUGAAGGUGCAACACUGCCGACCAUAACAUCUCCCUCAACAGCAACGCCAACAACUGCCGCCCAGAGGCCCAUGGCCAUGCCAGCGAUAUUAGUGACCAGCGAUAGCGAUAAUCCCCCAGAUUAUAUACCCAUGAUGCCGCCCUCGUACGAAGAUGCCAUGGCUCUAAGUGAGAAAUUUAGCGACGAUAUCGAAUUUUUGACAAAUGUUAGCAUGAGCAGCAUUAUGUCCGCUCAGGGCGAUGUAACAAGUGAGCGUGAGCCCUUUAAACCGCGUUACCCGGUCUAUUACGAUUAUGAGACACCGACCAUACCGCCCGAGACGCUCUACAGUGAAUCCAAUACGCAGUUUUGCUUCGGGAUGCAGCAGGAAUCGGUCUUGGCAACGGAUGAGGAUGCGAAUGCACAAGGAAGAGCUGCGUUCCGGAAUUACGAAAAGAAAUAAUGGAGUGGCUGCAACACCAAUGACAUCAAAAAUAAAACAAUUACAUAUUUAAUCAAAAUCAAAAAUAUAUAAUAAAAUGUUUAAGAAACCAUUGCGUAUAAUUAGCUUUUAAGUCUGACAUGAACAAUUUUGAUUGACAGAAGGCCUAAAAACCAAAGAGGAUAUAUAUUUUGCAAGAAGCAUAAAUAUAUUCACCUAGUAGAACUUAUAAACUAAUCAAAAUCUAUCUGAAAUCAAAUCUCCUUGUUUAUAUAUAGUUUUGGUAAGAUCCUUUUUAUUAUUUAUUUCUCUGAUUUAUCUAAUCGUUUUCUUAACAAAAACUGUCCAUCAUUUCUUAAAACACUUCAAAUAAUUUUAUUAACUUGUAAUGGCAACAUUAGAUACAGACUAGUACUUAUUAUACAUUACUAAAUAAAAGUAGUUAAUGCAUACUUAGAAAACCAUUUAGUCUUAAGCAAAAAUAUAACAAUUUGCACAAUUUUACCAAAUGAAAAA